AUGAGUAGCCCACGUAGACGCAUCGAGACCGAUGCUUAUGUCCGACUACGAGGUCACUCUAGUCAACGACAACAUGUAAGCGAAUUCGUUAUACUACCUUCGUUCUUCGGUUCCUCACAUAUUUCUAGGCAAGAAUUCUAUGUUCGAUUCAAGGGGCCAGCCGAGACUCCCUUUGAGAACGGCAUCUGGAAAGUCCACGUCGAGCUUCCCGACCAAUACCCAUACAAGUCGCCGAGCAUCGGUUUCGUCAACCGCAUCUUCCACCCGAACAUUGAUGAGCUGUCCGGGUCAGUUUGCUUAGACGUCAUCAACCAAACUUGGUCGCCGAUGUUCGAUAUGAUCAAUAUUUUCGAAGUUUUUCUGCCCCAGCUGCUACGAUACCCUAACCCCGCCGAUCCGCUCAACGGAGAAGCCGCCGCGCUCCUAAUGCGAGAACCCAAGAGUUACGACGCUAAGGUGAAGGAAUACGUUCAGAAAUAUGCCAGUAAGGAUGCCGCGGACGACGCCGGAGCCGAAAGCGAAGACGAUGACGAUAUGUCCUCAGUAGCGAGCUUCGGGGACGAAGAGGACGAGCCCGCCGGCCAGAUGGACGACGUAUAG